AGUCCACGUCAGUGGGCCCUUGUCCCUCAUUUCGAGGGUAUUCAAGUUCACAAAAUCAUCAAGAAAACAAAUUUCCUUUCCACGUCUAAAAUAUAGAUUAUUGCUUUUACUUUCUAUAUAUCAUAACUUAAAAUAUUACAAAAACAUUCUUCAUACUGUCAAGAUCAUAAAAGUGUUCAAGUACAUCUGUGAAACACGAAACAAGGAAUGAAAAAGAAAAGAAUGUGGUUAAUAAAAAAAGCUAUGGUCAUUUACAAUUAAAUAUUACAAAUAACUGAUAACAACGUAGUAAUUUUCUUAUCAAAUAGUCAUAUCGUUGUAGACAAGACGUCAACAAAGUAAAGUAACUUUGGAAUCAUAAAAAAGAAGUAAAAUUAAAAACAGUGUAAUCUGACAAAAUUAAUUGACCCGUUUUAUGGACAUACAAGAUUGGAGACAAGAACAAACAUUUAGUGACGACGACAAAGUAAAUCCGAAUUUAUUGAUAACAAUAAUCAUGAAGAAGUUAGAAACAUCAGCAGCUUCUAGUGGUGCUGGACCAUCAGCAUUGCAAUCGUCACCCAAUGACACCAACAACAAUGACAAUGUUAAAAUUGUCAAGAAGGAAUCGGCAGCUAAAGAAUUCUGUAAGAAUCUGUUCAACAAAUCUUCUGUUAGUGGUGACAAAAAUAACAACCAAUCAGCGCCUGUUAGUAAUCAAUACACAAAAGUUACAGUUGAUGGAUUAAUGUCUCAAUUGACACUUCGUCAAGGAAAUAAUCAAAUAAUAUCGAACAAUACCAAUCCGAGUUCACUCAAUCAGAACGAUUUAAAUUCAAGAUGUAACUCAACAAAUGAGCAAAAUCGUUUAACAGAAGCUGAAGAGCGUGCACGAUUACAAAGAGCUUUAGAGAUACAAAAAGGAAUUGAAGUUCCAUCAAAUUCAACUGCUGAAUGUUACUCAUCAUCAUCGUCUUCGCCUUCGCCAUUAAUAUUUCAACAACAACCAGAUGUUAGUCAACAGAACAGAAAUUCGCAACAGGAAUCGUCGUGCGUAAAAUGUUUGCACAAUCAAGCACAGUACAAGCAAUUCGGAAUGGCACAUACAUCAAUACUUCCACUUGCCGACGGCGAAGUUCCAAAGUUUCAUUCGCAAGAUUAUUAUUGUCACUUUCUUGUGCCCGAUUUGGAGAAGAUCACAGCAUGUUGUUACUAUUGGGGAAAAAUGGAUCGUUAUGAGGCUGAGAAGCUUCUCGAUGGCAAACCUGAAGGAACUUUUUUACUUCGUGAUUCAGCACAAGACGAUUAUUUGUUUUCUGUUUCUUUCCGCAAAUAUGGACGAUCACUGCAUGCAAGAAUUGAACAGUGGAAUCACAAAUUCAGUUUCGAUUCUCAUGAUCCAUCCGUUUACACAGCAUCAACAGUGACUGGUUUAGUGGAACAUUACAAAGACCCAGCAUCAGUGAUGUUCUUUGAGCCUAUGUUGACAUCGCCACUUCAUAGAAAUUACGUCUUUUCACUUCAACAACUUUGUCGUGCUGCAAUUGUUAGUCACACGACAUAUGAUGGCAUUAACGAGUUAUGUUUACCUGCAACAAUGAAAAGUUAUUUAAAAGAAUAUCAUUACAAGCUAAGAAUACGUGUACGACAAUUUCCUGAAGCUAUGACGAGUUUAUCAUCCUCUUAAUCGACUUUGAGAAUGAUAGUCGUGAUAACUUUCACACUUCCAUCUUCAUCGUCAUCUUCAUCCAGUAACUCAUCAUUAUCAAGUAAUCUGUUUCCGACUUGGCAUCUUGGCAACAUAAGUACUAUGACAACUAACAACCCGACACCAUUUCAAUUCAAUUAUCGAGAAAUCUCUGAAAAUGUUCAUACUGAACCAACGUCAGCAGCAGCAGCAGCAUCAUCAUCAAUUGUUACAACUUCAACUUCUGAAGAAUGUUCGAUAACAAAAGAGAACAGUAAGAAAAAAUUCAGGAAGAGAUUGAGGAGCUUCUUUGAUAAAUUAUUCAAGGAAUGAAUCCGUGAAUGAGUGAAAAUGAACAAAAAGCUUUCAAAGAGAUUUCAUUUUUCAUUCAUCAAUUAAAGAGACGCCCAAAACAUUUAUUUGUACUAUUUAGUCAUAAAAAGAAGAAAUUUUUAUUUGAAAAAACUGUUCAAAAAUUGGAAGUUUAGAGUAAGAAAUUGUUGGCAUUUAAAAGUUAGAAAAACCACUAUAAUAAUAUAAUCCGAGCUAGAUCAUUUCGAAAGAAGAAUCAUUUUGUCAUCAUCGUAUUUUAGUAGCUCUGAUAAAAAUAGAAACAUGAUGAUAUUCGAAUUAAAUACAUGGAAAGUCUUUUAAAGUAUUUAUGUUUAGGGUUUGAUCUUCAAUAUUCAAAGAUCGUUAAAGAUUAGUUUGAUUAAAGGAAUGUUUAAAGAUUCUUUAUCUACAAUCAAACUUUAACAACAAACCCUAAAUUUUUCAUUAUAAGUUUAACUUCAAAUUACGACAAAUCCCAAUAUUAUUAUGAAACUAAAGUUAUGUCAUAAAUAAUUUAUUUAUGAGUACUUAGAUAGUAGAAGAAUUGCCUCGGUUUAUCCGAAUUCUUUAUUUUAAUUGUAUAAAAUUGCAAGAUUGACGCAAUGAAACAAAUGGAAUCUCAUGAAAAUCUAUAACAUCAAAUUUAACUUUGAACUUUAACUUUUUUCAAACAUUGUGAUCACAAAAAUGGAUUUUUUUCGCUUUAACUUUUGUAAAAUAAUUUUCAACGACAAAACUUUGUUAGUUUGUUUAAAACAAAAAAAGGAAAUUUGAAAGAAACACAGACGAAAUAAAUAUUAAUCAUCAUGAUUCAAUUGAACUUUUAAACGAUUCCAAUUUGGUAUUAAUCUUUCCUGAAGUUUUAAUUUUCUUAAUAAAUUGUGUUUUUAGGAUAUGAAAGUAUCAGGAGAAAUUUUAAAAGAAAAUUUAUUGUUGGUUGAUGAUUUGUUAACAUUUAUCAUUGCACAACCAGAUGAAAAAAAUAUUUGUUGAAAAGAUGUUUAAGGAAGAAACCGACAAUAAUUUUUGAAUUGAAAAGUUUUCAAAAAUAUGCUUGAAAUGGUUUCAACUGAUUGUGUUUGAAAUUCAUCUGAAUGGUGAACGACACAAACUUGUUCUAGUAGUUACAUAAAAAAUUUUAAUUUAAUUUUUAAAAUAGAAACGAUAUGAAAGUUGUAAAUAUGGAAUAUUUUGUAAGUCUUAAGCGAAGGAUCAAAAAGAACAGAAAUAAAUUAUAUGACAAAUUAUAACAAUAAAAGAGAAAUGUUAUCAUAUCUAUGAGAAUCU